AUGAAGCUCCCGACGCUGCCUGUUCUCCUUUCCUUAUCUUUAUCGUUCACUCUCGGAAGCGCAUCUCCAGUCUUUCCUAUCGCUGACAAGGACGCAGUUCGUCAGAAACCUAUCGCGGCAGGCGACACCGUUCCAUUUCAUUCGAGUCCAGCUGGGGCUCCUACGAAUAUUCUAUAUGCAGAGGAUGAGCCUGAACCCGCACUAGCAGGCGUUCCAAUCGGUUUGCCGGAUUAUUUUGCCGAUUGUCACGGCGACCCGGCACUCCUGGACCUCUUGGGGCCCGGGAACUCUUUGCUCCUAGCGUUGAGUCUUGGGACCACUUUUCGAAACACCAAAGCCGGCUCCAACAUUUCCCUGUCGAUCGACUGGUGGCGCAAUGCUGCAUCGAGCAAUAACGGCACACUGGAAAAUACUCCAGCUGCGUUGCCUCGACUGUCGUUGCUCGGCUGGCUCGAACCAUUACCGACAACCCUCCCUGAAACAACCAAGAUAGCAGUAGAGAAAUGCUUCUUGGGAGCGCAUCCGGAAGCCAGGCACUGGCUACCCGACGACCCUGAGGCAGCGCAUCGGGGAUAUUGGGCGAAGUUGGUUGUGCAAAAGGUCCUUUGGAUCGGAGGUUAUGGCGACCGAGCAAAAAUUGGUUGGUUGAAUCCCAGAACUUGGACGAGCAUUGAGAAGCAUGGCAGAGAGAGCAAGAAAGGCUGGGGUGAUGUGAGACUGCCCGGAGAAAAGGCCAAUUAA